AUGACGGAAGACCGGAUCCAAAUCGCCCUGGGGCUGAUUGGUUGGUCCAGUGUUAUGGUCUUGAGUGCAUUGGCAAUGGCAACUGGUUUGGCUGCUACUCCCCUGGACCAGCUCGGAAUGCGACCAAAUGGCUCUUGUUUGUGGAGCUGGCUAUACCAUCAUUUUGUAGACUCGGUCGGAGUUGGUGGCUAUGAUGCUAUCCAAGGGGCCCUGGCACCUCCUUUGAGAUUGAACUUUCAUAUGGCUGGAGUGCUUCUCUUGUGGGCGUCAUUUGUGUACUUUUCUGAUCAGCAGUAUGGCGAAUGUGUUUUCAGUCUACCAUUAUCAAUUUGGUGGUCAGGGUUGCAUUCAAUGUGCCUUUACACUCUCUACUUUUUCGUUCUGAACCACCUAAUGGAUGGAGUUUCUGUCCCUGGAGGACCGCGAGCUUCAAAAAUACAAAGACAACCAAUUUGGGAUGAUCGCCUGACUACUCUUGACGACGAAGAUAAAGAAAAGUGGAAGUGCAUGGUCGCAGAGGAAUCUCACGAAGAUACUGAGACCAAAUUUCCUGGAAAGAAACUAACUGGUGAACCAUCUGGUAGACAGAUCUGGAGCAGAGCGACCACAAGUGCUAGCAACCAUGACAAGGAAAAGCUUAUCCAGGAAAUGGCCCUGGGUGGUCGAUCAUACUCCGGCUUCAACCCUUCGAAAAACCCAAAUAGCUCUGAUGUAAUCUUCAGAGCUCACCAGAUUCGCAAAUACUUGAGCAUUGAUGGAAACGUACCUCCACCAGCUACGCCGCCCAAAAGUAUUCAAGACUGUACGAGGAAAGCAGCUCACUUUUACUCGAUGCUGCAGUGUUCUGAUGGUCACUUUGCUGCUGACUAUGGUGGCCCACACUUUCUUAUGCCAGGACUUGUAAUCGCUUGGUACAUUAUGGGCAAACCCAGCAGCUGUUUGAACAAUGAUCAAAUCAAACUAUUGAAACACUACAUUUUGGUUCAUCAGCAAUCUGAUGGCGGAUGGGGCACUCAUAUCGAAUCCCCACCGACAAUGUUUGGCUCUACUUUAAUGUAUGUUGCCAUGCGACUAUUGGGUGUUCCUAAGGAUGACCCCGCAGCUGUUCGGGGAAGAAAAUUCUUGAAGGAAAAUGGCGGGGUGCUUUACACUUCCUCCUGGUCCAAGUUUUACUUGUGUCUACUUGGACUAAUGGACUGGAGAGGCCACAACUCCGUGCCGCCUGAAAUGUGGCUGCUCCCAAACUGGUUCCCUUUUCAUCCCGGUAGAAUGUGGUGCCAUGCCCGAAUGGUCUAUUUGCCAAUGGGCUAUUUGUACGGUUCACAAUUCGUAUAUGAAGAUGCCGAAACUGAUGCAACUAUCCAAUCGCUUCGGAGCGAGUUGUAUUGUGAGAACUACAUCAACAUUUCUUGGGUAAAAACGCGACAUUGGGUGUCACCACUUGACGACUAUUCCCCAAUUCCUCUCAUGAUGAAAACCAUGCAAAAUCUUUUAGCGUGCUAUGAAAACUGGGACAUCUUCCAACCUUUCAAGCGUUUUUUCCGAGAGAAGGGAAUCAAAUUUUCUCUGAAAUACAUCCAUGCCGAGGACAAACAAACCAACUAUAUCGAUAUUGGGCCGGUGAACAAAGUUCUUAACAUGAUUUCACAUUAUCAUGCUACAGGAAAUGACCUGAACGAUCCAACUGUUGUGGACCACAUGAUGAGGGUGCAAGACUAUCUUUGGAUCGCCGAAGAUGGAAUGAAAAUGCAGGGAUACAACGGUUCCCAGUGUUGGGAUACAUCAUUCUGCGCCCAAGCUCUUUUUGAAGCCAAUCUACUUGAUGAGUUCCCGGGUGUAUCGCGAAAGAUAUGGAACUACUUGGAACGGACUCAAAUUCUGUCGACAGAAGUUUCACAAUCAUCACCUGCAUACAAGUAUGAAGCAAACGAGUACCGAAACAUGUACUACCGUCACAUAUCUGAAGGGGGGUGGCCGUUCUCCACAAGUGCUCACGGUUGGCCGAUUAGUGACUGUACAAGCGAGGGUCUCAAGGCUGUUCUGUGUCUACUACGCACAAAGUGCAUCCAGGACAGCCUGAAAGAUAAGAGAAUUGUUUGCAUAUCGGAACAGCGCCUGUACAAAGCUAUAAACGUGCUCUUGACCUACCAAAAUGAAGAUGGCGGCUGGGCAACUUAUGAAAAUAACCGUGGAUGGGGUUGGUAUGAACAGUUGAAUCCUAGUGAAGUAUUUGGAGACAUUAUGAUUGACUACUCGUAUGUAGAGUGCAGUAUGGCCACCUUGACUGCGCUUGUGGAUUUCAGGGAGAUGUACCCGCAUCAUCGGCCAAACGACAUCCAGCAAAGCAUCAACAAAGGUCAUUCAUUUCUGAAGAGUGUCCAAAGAGAGGAUGGCUCGUGGUACGGGUCUUGGGCGUGCUGCUUUACAUACGGUACCUUCUUUGGAAUAGAGGGUCUUGUCAAAUGUGGAGAGUCAUUGGAUUCAACUGCAAUUGUGCGUGCUUGCAAGUUUUUGCUUCAACAUCAGCGAAAAAAUGGAGGAUGGGGCGAAGACUUCACGAGUUGCUACGAUAAGGACUAUGCGAAGAAUGGCAUGAAACGGUAUGGCGACGAGGGUAGCGGCGUCGUCAAUACUGCCUGGGCUUUGCUUGGCCUUUCUAUUGCAAAGUAUGACGAUGUCGAUGCUAUUCGACGUGGCGUGCAAUAUUUGAUGAAGCGACAACUUCCUUCCGGUGACUGGCCACAGGAAGGGAUAUCUGGUGUUUUUAACAGAUCUGUUGGAAUCACCUACACAGCAUACCGUAAUGUGUUUCCCAUUUGGGCCCUUGGACGAUGCUAUGCAGUAUAUGGUAAUGUGUUCAACGAAACUGAAUAG